AUGUUAGUUCAAUUAGCUACAGGUGGUAAAAAUAAUUUAAGUGUAAAACUAAGUGAUUCAAACUCUCAGAUAGAUAUUUUAACACUAGACGAGAAUGAAAAUGCCAAAAACUCGACCAAUUCAUUGCAGACAUCAAAAGAAGACAAAGACAUCGCAGUAAAUUCUAUCCGACCUCGUAGUAAUUCGACUAGUAGCAGCGGUUCCUCUAGUUCUAGCAGUUCUUCAAGCAGUGGCCCAUCUAUGUAUCAAGACAGCGACGACUCAGUAAAGGAUCCUGAUUAUAAAGCCCAACCAACAAAACAUGCUGAGUAUUCUUCUGAUACUGCCGAGGAACAAAAUAUCACUACCAACUAUACAAAUAUUUCGGAUGAUCAAAAUUUGGUAACAUCUAAUAUGGUUUCAAUAAACAUUGAAAACUAUGAGGAACCACUUUCGUCUACAAACGAACAUGUAUUCAACGAUCCCCGUGUCAUAGAGAACAGUGAACUUUCUGCGAUUGAAAACGUAAGCAACGGAAAUGCUGGGAAAGCAGCAGUGAUGAUGAUGACGACCGUGACUACUUAUACGGAGAUGCAGAAAGCG